AUGUACUCUAUUAAAAUAUCAAAAACAAGGAGCAAGGAGACCGAAGAGAAGAAUGACACAUGGCACCGUUUGGAGAGGGCAAGUGGGAAGUUCAUGAGGAGGUUUAGGUUGCCGGAGAAUGCCAAGGUGGAAGAAGUGAAGGCAACUAUGGAGAAUGGAGUUCUUACCGUUACGGUUCCGAAAACGCCGGAAAAGAAGCCUGAGGUCAAGGCCAUUGAUAUCUCCGGCUAA